AUGGCUUGCUUUGACAGCUGCCAGUGCCUCGGCGAAAGGGGACAAAGAAGCAUCCUUUACAGCAUUUUGAAAAACGACAACCAAUAUAAUCAGCAUUCACAGGGGCGCGCGAGGGUGGCCGGUCCCUCAACAGCAGGUUUGUUCGUGUGGAUCUAAGAAGAAAGUGGUUCUCCGUUCUCCCCAGACAACCUGUAAAGCAGCGUCGGCAGUGCUUUUAAAAACGCUGAAGUUCGUUAAAAAUGUACUUUGUUUUCGGGAACUUCCUGCGGAGGACCAGUUACAGCUCGUGCGCAACAGCUGGGCCCAGCUGCUCGUUUUGGGCAUGGCGCAGGACAUGAUGGACUUCGAGACCAUGGAGACGCCAGAACCCAGUAUGUUACAGAAGAUUCUAACCAGCGGACAAGGAAGACAGGAGACCGCGCACGGGCGCAGUAGCCAAGGCGUUUCUCUCACUGAUGUCCAAGGAAUACAAAUGUUUUUGAAUAAAUGUUGGGGACUGGACAUCAGCACCAAAGAAUACGCAUAUUUAAAGGGAGCCAUUCUCUUCAAUCCAGGUUUGUUAAACAAAUUGCUUUAUGGUGUAUUUACUGGUUUUAUUAUUAUUAGCAAGCCUAUUAUUAUUAUUAUUAUCAUUAUCAUUAUCAUUAUCAUUAUCAUUAUCAUUAUCACUAUUAUUAUUAUUAUCAUUAUUAUUAUUAUUAUUAUAGUUGUUUUUGUUAUUGUUUUUAUAAUAUGCAUUACCAUCAUCAUCAUCAUCAUCAUUCAUUAUUAUUAUUAUUAUUAUUAUUAUUAUUAUCAUUAUAAAUAUUGUUGUUAUUGUUUUAAUUAUUAUUAUUAUUAGUAGUAGUAGCCUAUUAUUAUUAUUAGUUUAUGAAUGGGCUAUUAUUAACUAUGCGACUGAUUAUAACUUCCAUUUUAUUCUCUCCUUAGACAUUGCAGAGCUCCGGUGUCAAAGCUACAUUCAGGCACUGCAGAGCGAAGCGCAUCAAGCACUUAAUGAAUAUGUGAAAGUCACUCACCGAAGAGACGCUACAAGGUUCACUAAACUAUUCAUCGCGCUCUCCAUGCUACGGUCCAUCAAUGCAAACGUCGUUGCUGGACUUUUCUUCAAACCUGUCAUCGGCACGGUCAGCAUGAAUGAAUUUCUACUCGAAAUGUUUUACGGAAAAUAGACUGAAUAAACUGUUUAAAGACUGACUAUAGACCGAGCAGUGGACUGGACUGGAGGGUGAACAGAAUAACAACAGGCAGGUGUAUAGGGUUGCUAUCCAUAUAUAUUUAUUUUGCUAUAACACAUCUUAUUUUUGUAAAAUAAAAGUGUUUGCUGAACUUUGCAUGUGGUUAUUUCAGUUUAUCAACAUAUAUCAUCCUUUUUUAAAUUAUAGCCUACAGUUAUGUCUGAAGUUAUGUCUAAUAACAGCUGCAUAAUACAUUCAAUCUUAUUUGAUUGCAGUACAUUACCUGGAUAAUGCUGACAUAGAUGCAAAAUAAUUUAAAUCAUAUUUGAUUGCAAAACAUUACCUGGAUAAUGCUGAUAGUGAUAAUGCAUUACUGUGUUUCACCUCAAGAGGGCAAUGCUCGCCCACAGUCUAGAGAAAGACAUUUCCAUUCCUGCAGACAUUGACAACUACAUCAAUCCCAAUGCUUUCAGCACUCCCACAGCUCCUGAACUGUCUAGGUUAUAAACUUCUUUAUGAGGUACUGUGAAUAUGUUAAAAACAGCAGUAGUGCUAACAGUGUUUCUAAUGACAUGCAUUCAACACACCUCCAGACACCAAGGACGUAGCAUCUCAUGUCAGGACAGGUCAUUGGACUGGGUCGGUCCCUUAGGAGGGGCUGCUGUACCAUCUAGUGAGGGUGAGGUGGGUCACAACACGUGUCUGGUACCAACCAGUGUCAGGACAAGACCAGGCUGUUAGCAUACCCACACCACAUGCCCCACACAUCAAUGGAACAAGGAGGCACAUGGCAGGUGGCUGUGGGCAUCCAGAGUGGCAUGGACCCGAGGUGAGGUGUUUAGGCUACCAGUCAUGCAUUAAGGAGAGGGGAAGGCUGCCAGGCCUGAGAGGUGUUGCCAUGACGACACGCUGGGCGGAGGCCGUGGGAGGAGGCAACAGGCAGUGGUGGUGAGGCCUGAUGAUAAAUGUGAUCAACGUGGCCCAAGUUCAUCUGAGGAGGAGGAGGAGGAUGAGGAAGAGUGGGAGGAGGAGGAGCAGGAAGAGGAGGAGGAAGAGACGUCACACUACACAUAG